GCAUACGUAUGAUGUUUCCCAUUUCCGAUAGCACAGGAAGGCAGCAUAACAAACGACGGCAGUAACUGUUACGAGUUGACACUUUAGCGUUAGCUUACAGACAAGAAACAGAGGCGGUGUCGUUCAAAGAAAUUUCAUUUCACAAUGUCAGCCCCCGAUCCAGAAGGUUCUGGCGCAGCGUCAAGCAACAGACGCUUGCAGCAGACUCAGGCCCAGGUGGAUGAGGUGGUGGAUAUUAUGCGUGUUAAUGUGGACAAAGUGCUGGAACGUGACCAGAAGCUGUCUGAACUGGAUGACAGAGCAGACGCACUGCAGGCUGGAGCCUCCCAGUUCGAGACCAGUGCUGCUAAGCUGAAAAGGAAGUACUGGUGGAAGAACUGCAAGAUGUGGGCCAUCCUGAUAGCUGUCAUAGUGAUCAUCAUCAUCAUCAUUAUUAUUUGGAGUUCCUCGUCAUAAAACAGCAACAAGAGGAGGAGGAGUGGAAGAAACAAUGAAGAAGAGGAGAGGAGCAAUGUGCACAAUUAAUAUCUCAGAGGAAUACGUCACAUGAUUACUGGCUACUGAGCUCUACAGCAUUAUCCCCCCCCUUUGCAGGGGGUCUUCAUUCUUUGUCCUGGUUUGCCGUGUGUGUGUGUGUGUAUGUAUGAAUUUGUGUGUGUAUUUUCAGAUGUGUGUGAGUAAAGGAUUGUCAUAAUACCAGAGUUUUACCCUGCAUUACUACACCAUACCAGACAUCAAUAAAUUUCUAUUACAGUGCUAUGCCACUUGCCAAAGAAAACAGACACAUACAUACAGAAACAGGCUGAUAAUUAAACUCCAACAUUUUUUUUAAGUAUAAAUGAAACAUCUUCGACUGUAUGACAAAGCACACACACAUACUCCAACCUCAGGACUAGUGAAGAAUAUUGUUGUAAACUCUCCUCAACUUAUAUUUACUUUUUUAUGUUUUAUUAAUAGCCAUUUAUUUUGUGUGCCAGGCUAAGAAAAGUGCCUUUAAAGAUAUGCUCUUCUUUGUUAGUGUAGAUUGUAACAGUAACCCUGCAUAUCAUUAAAGAGAUGCCCCUUUCCAACACAUACACAUUUGUACUUUUCAGAGUGCCAAUAUUUUGAUUAGAUUUUUCUCCUCAUUUAAAAAAAAGAAGUGCUGGUCUGUCAUUUUAUGAAUGGUUAAGGUUGACCAGGGAAUGAUGGGAUCUGAUGCCUUAUUUUAUUUAUGCACAUGGUUGAGUGCUAAUUGAGUUUUCUGUAUAAGACACUUGAUUUUGGGUUUAAUAACAAGGAAUUUCAUUGGUCCCCCAACAACAAAAAGCUAACCAGUAACACACUGUUGACCCACCUGAUCACACCUGUCCUUGUGCAUCUUCCUUUGAGGAGGACUUAGUUACAGUAAAAACUAGUAUGGGCUUGUGUUUAGAUAAGUGCCUGUAUGCUAAGACAAACAGCCUCACAGCUAGGCAAGGCUGGAGAAACUGCCACAAAGUUUUAAAAAGAAGAACAAAAAAGUGCUACACUGUGUUAAAAGUGGUGAAUGGUCUCAAGGAUGUGCAAAGAACAUUUGCCUUUAUGAAAUAUAAAGGCAAAUAUAAAUAGUAUUAAAAAAAAGUAAGAAAAUAGUAGUGAACAUAUGCCUUAAUAUGUUUCUCCAAUGGAGAACAGCCAAAAUACAACCAUGCCUUAUUGAUCAUAUAUACCAGCCAGUAAAAGAGUUGUGCCUUCUGAAUGCUCUCACUGUCCAAACAAAUACUGUGCUGCUUGCUAAUUCAACUGAGCUUAACCUUGAAGUCUUCUGUUUAGGCACACUGGCAUUGAUCCCAUCUGAUCAAUGCAAAGUACUUCUCACGUGUGAUAGUUUUAUUAUUCCUCUAACAAUACCUUUUUUUGCAAUCUAGCAAUCUAUUAUAUGUAGAACUAACUUUAGGGAGACUGUAUAAUUAUUUUUUUUCUAGUUGCUCUCAGCUGCUGAGCAUCAUGCGUGUUUGAGUGUAGAAGAAAAAACUUUGUUGGGCAAUGACAGUGUGAUAUAUAUAUAUACCAUACCAACACUGGAUGAUUGCAUUCCCUGCUAUUGCUUCCAUCCUAUUAAAGUAAAUGUAUUUUAAUGAGACAAACAAUUUGUGAUUACUUUGUACAUUAUUUUCAUUCUGUCUGGAAUUUCAUUACUGCAAGUAGAACUGUUGAUGUUGCAUUUUUCAGUAGUUUUUAAGAUGCAUGCAUGAUUCUGUGUUGAUUGAAAUGAACACUAACACAAGUAUUGGCUCCUUAGACAUUUUUAUAGUAUAUAGCCAAACUGUAGCCAUUAAGGAAAUGUGUGUAAUAUUUUCAAAGGCCACUGGAAAUGCUUUUGCAGUGCAGGCUUUUAGACCAAUGUAUGAAAUCGUCAUCAUCCUCUCAUGUCCACGCUAGAAAUUUGAGACCCAGUUUCUUCCGAGCCUUGCUCAUGUCUACCUACUGGGAAUGCAUUUGGAAAUAAGUGCAGUUCUACUCUUUGGCCCUAAAUGACUUUUGCUUGAAUAAAACAGAUUUAACUUAAA